AUGGAGACGGAAUGCAAGACAUUGUGGAUGGGCGACAUCCAAAUGCACUGGGACGAAGCGUUCAUCGCCUCGCUCUUUGCCUCUGCCGCGGAACAGCCGGUAAUCAAGCUAAUUCGUGACAAGGUGACGGGGUAUCCCGCCGGCUAUGGUUUCUUGGAGUUCCCGACCCAGCGAGGCGCGCAGCAAGUGCUGGAGAUGUUCAAUGGCCAGCUCGUUCCAAACACAGUGCAUCGGUUUCGCAUGAAUUGGGGCGCCGGUGGUCGUCGCAUUGAAACGUCAGACGAUCACUCGAUCUUUGUCGGUGACUUGGCUCCUGAUGUCGGUGACGAAGUUCUUUUGAGCACGUUCAACGCUCGUUUCACAAGUGUGCGAGGGGCCAAAGUGGUCAUGGAUCCAGUGACGCGCAUGUCGAAGGGGUUCGGAUUCGUGCGCUUUGGCAGCAAAGAGGAAGCCGACCAGGCUCUGCAGACCAUGAAUGGAGUGUUUUGCUCGUCACGUCCGAUGCGGGUUAGUGUGGCUACGGAGAGAAGCAAGGCGCGACAGCAGGCUGCUUUUGGUAUUGCAGAGUCGGAAGACGGGGCUAAUACCACGGUGUUUGUCGGUGGCCUGGACCCGUCAGCAACGGAGGAAGAGCUGCGUGCGCGGUUUGGUGCAUUGGGAGAAAUCGUGUCGGUGAAGGUACCGCCUGGACGUGGAUGUGGAUUUGUGCAAUACACGACCAAGGAGUCGGCAGAGAUGGCGAUCUCGCAGAUGAAUGGCACGGUCAUCAGCAAUGUCAAGGUGCGAUGUGCAUGGGGUCGAUCGGCAGCUGCACGUGUGACUCCUACCCACACGAACUACUAUGCCCAGCAAUACGGUCAGUACCAGACUGGAUACCAGAACUUUUACGGCUACAAUGCUGCCUAUAGCUAUCCGCAGUAUCAGCAAGGUGCUGCUGGCUACGGGUACGGUACUUACGGACAGUACGCACUGCAAGGUGCACAACCUCAAGUAGACUAUCAGCAACAGCAGCUGCAGCAGCAGCCGCCGCAGCAGGUACUCGUGGGUCAUCAGGGACACCGUAGUAGCUAUGGUCACCAGCAGCGGCUCCCGCAAGACCAGCCGCUCGAUUUUACCCGACCUGACGACACCGAAGCCAUGAAUCGUCGCUACGCCUCCCAGCGUGCGUAUCAGACUAUUCCCCCGGGUUCUAGUUCGUCAUACACUUCCAUGGCGGCUGACGUUGCCAACGGAACUGCAAUGGCAGGGUCGAUGUAG